AUGACAGAUGAAAAUGAAAUUUCAACUGCUGAAUCCCUGCAAUAUCAGUUUACCACUAUUCAAGCUGCCACGACUAACUUCUCAGCCGACAACAAAAUUGGUGAAGGUGGAUUUGGUGUUGUUUACAAGGGUAUACUUCCUAAUGGACAAGAGAUAGCUGUGAAGAGGCUAUCGAGAAGUUCAGGGCAAGGUGCACAAGAAUUUAAGAAUGAGAUCAUAUUGAUCGCGAAGCUUUUAGUGAGACUAUUGGGAUAUUGCUUUGAAGCAGAGGAAAAGCUACUUGUCUAUGAAUUUGUCCCCAACAAAAGCCUUGACUAUUUCUUAUUUGAUCCUGAAAAGCAGCAGCUACUGAAUUGGUCUCGACGUUACAAGAUUAUAGGAGGGAUUGCGCGUGGACUACUUUACCUUCAUGAGGAUUCGCGUCUAAGAGUUAUACACCGUGAUCUCAAAACAAGCAAUAUAUUGUUAGACGCAGAUAUGAAUCCCAAAACAUCAGAUUUUGGAAUGGCAAGAAUAUUUGGAAUUGAUCAAAGUGAAGAAAUAACAGGCAGGAUUGUUGGGACAUACGGUUACAUGUCGCCGGAGUAUGCUAUGCAUGGACAAUACUCUGUUAAAUCUAAUGUUUUCAGCUUUGGUGUUCUACUUUUGGAGAUCAUAAGUGGAAAGAAGAACAGCUCAUUUUACCAAUCAGAUGGAGCUGAAGAUCUUCUUAGCUAUGUUUGGAAGAAUUGGAGGGACGGCACACGAUUGAAUAUAAUGGAUCCAACAUUUGGAGAGUCAUACUCAAGAAAUGAAGUGAUACAAUGUAUACAUAUUGGAUUAUUAUGUGUUCAAGAAGAUGUUAAUCAAAGACCUACAAUGGAAUCUGUGGUGCUCAUGCUUAAUAGUUACUCUGUUACCAAGCCGGCGCCUCAGCAACCUGCAUUCUUUUUUCGUAGUCGAUCAGAGAUGCUACCAAAAGGGCUGGAAUCAGAUCAAUAUUCUACAAGCAAGUCGAUACCAUUACUGUCCGAGAAUGAAGUAUCCAUUAUGUGGCAUCGAAGACUAUGUCAGAAGUGUGAGGAGAGUUUUCAUUUCUGCAGUAACGUAUAUACAGUAGAAGCCGGAAAGGGGAGUAUCAAACGGGAAAAAUAA